AGAGAGUUGCAGAAACCAAGUCUGGCAAGAGGAGUGGCUUCUUAGAUUUGGCAUGUGAGAUCGCUCUGAUGUAUGCUUCCCGGCCCCUCGUGUGUCUUAGCUAUAUUUGAAUACUACUCUCUCUCUCUCUCUCUCUCUCUCUCCUCUCUCCUCUCUCUCUCUCUUCAAUCUUGUUAUCAUAUUCUAGUUGUGGGUACUGAUCAUUGAAGGGGGUUUUGAUGUAUCAUAUCACUGCAGCUGAUCUGUCUGCAAUCCGCACGGAAAUGGAGGAUUUACUAAGCAUCCAAACUUGUGGUCGGGAUUGAAGUGAAUUUUUUUUUUUUGUUCUCCAGAUUUACUAAUUGGUUCAGAAAUUGAUGGCGACAUACUUUCACGGUAGCACGGAAAUCCAAGCUGAUGGGUUGCAGACGCUUUACCUGAUGAACCCUAAUAACUACUCCAACAAUAAUAAUACAGAGUACUCUGACACGCACCAGCAAUCGGCCAAUAACAUGCUGUUCUUGAACAAUCACAAUCCCGCCGCCGCCGCCGCAGCCAACGCGCUCCACGUCGCCAGUAUAUCACACGCGCCGCCGAACCACAGCCAGCACUUCCUCGGCAUCCCGAUCCCCAACGUGGGGGGGUCUGCGAAUAACUCGCAGGAAAUUCCGGCCCAGCUCGGCGGGAUCCUCCCUCGCUUCCAUUACAAUCUGUGGGGCCCGGCUGAGCAGACUGCAGCAGCACCCGGGAGCCACCCGCACGUCCCGGCCGCCGCAGCGGGUGCGGGCGGGUCCGGCGAGAAUUUCGAUGGGUUUCUUCACCGGCCGAUGGUGCUCUCGCCCGGCAAGCAACAGGGUUUGUCCCUGACGCUUUCCUCUCAGCAGCCGGGGAAUUCUGCGAGCGGCGGCUCAUCGUCGGUUUCGAACGGGAUCGCCGGCGUGCAGAGCGUGAUCUUGGGGUCCAAGUACUUGAAGGCUGCGCAGCAACUUCUCGAUGAAGUUGUGAAGGUGGGGAAGUCAAUCAAGAGUGAUUUUGGUGAUCAAGGGAGUACCAAAGAGAAGUACUCGAAGAUGAGUCAGGCGGUGGCUAGCGGUGGUGGCGAUGAUGGAUCAAGUGGCGGUGAAAGCAGUUCUAGGCAAAUUGGGGCCGAGCUCACGACGGCUCAAAAGCAGGAGCUCCAGAUGAAGAAGGCAAAGCUUGUUAGUAUGCUUGAUGAGGUGGAGCAAAGAUACAGGCAGUACCAUCACCAAAUGCAGAUUGUGGUCUCAUCCUUUGAGCAGGCAGCCGGAAUCGAGUCAGCGAAAUCGUACACAGCCCUCGCUCUGCAGACGAUCUCGAAGCAAUUCCGGUGCCUGAAAGAUGCCAUCACGACACAGAUCAAGGCCACGAGCAAGAGCCUCGGAGUUGGAGAAGAUAAUGACCACAGUCCGGGAGGAGGAAAGGGCACCGAGGCCGGUUCGAGGCUCAAGUUUGUGGAUCACCAGAUUCGUCAACAACGGGCUUUGCAGCAGCUGGGGAUGAUCCAGCACAAUGCUUGGAGGCCCCAGAGAGGGUUGCCUGAAAGAGCUGUUUCUGUUCUUCGUGCUUGGCUCUUCGAGCACUUCCUUCACCCCUAUCCUAAGGAUUCAGACAAACACAUUCUCGCGAAACAAACAGGACUUACUCGGAGCCAGGUGUCGAAUUGGUUCAUAAACGCCCGAGUCCGGCUAUGGAAACCGAUGGUAGAGGAAAUGUACUUGGAGGAAAUCAAGGACCAAGAACAAAACGGAUCGGAUCACACCAAGGAGUCAGGCUCGAAAUCCGGUAACGAUCCACAAGAGAACACUGCAACUUUUCAAAUGGAUCAAAUUGUCAAUAAUAACACUCAUCAAUACAAGCAAGAGGUGGAAGGCAUUGUCCAAGCGAAUCCGAAGAAGCAGAAGAGCUUCGACAAGCAGAGCUCGUCACCGAGUAGUAUCCUCUCAAUGGACAUGGACAUGAAAAUGAAGCCUGGCAGUGAGACGACCAAAGGGAUCAAUCACAAUUACGGGAGCUACUCGUUAAUACCGGACACAAGUAGUCAUGGCAAUGGAUUUGGCGCGUACCCGAUGGGGGAAAUCGGGAGAUUUGAUCCCGAGGGUCUGGUCACGAGAUACCACGGGAACAGCGUUUCCCUCACUCUGGGCCUUCCGCACUGCGAUAACGCGGCGCAGCAAAGCUACCUGCCGAGUCAGAACAUGAGCCACCAGUUGGGAAGCAGAGUCGACAUGGGCGGCGUCGAAACUCAUUACAGCGGCAUCAGUGUCCCGCAACCUUCCCAUCCGAGCGCCGCGUACGAGAACCGCAAGUUUUUUGCUGCUCAGUUGCUACCAGAUUUUGUGGCAUGAUGACUAUAAAUGAAGGGGGAGAAAAACCCACUUUCGUUUGGAGUCUUUCUACAUGGAUAGGGAACAACAUUGGAAUUCCAGAUGGUUAGUGCAUUAGUAUAUUGUUACGGCGCUCCUCCGCCCAGGCUCACGCCCAAGGUUUUGCAGCGACCGCUCGCUUUUAUAGCCUGGCUCCUUUUUUAAUAUUCCCAUAGGGAAGAGAGGAGAUUUGUCCUUAUUGUAGAUAUAGAAGAAGUGUUAGGACAGUUGUAUACAUGAAGGGAUAGCAUAUAUAUGUUUUCUCAUAGCAGCUGAUAGCUUAAGAUUGGGUUUUUAAUAUUUAAGAUCAAGGGUUGUAUAUUUUGCACUGAAAUCUUAUUGGUAUAGAUAUCUUGGUGGUACUUAAGGAUUU